UACACCACGGUAAUUGCCAACGGCCAAUCGGUAUCGUUGUUUGUCUUUAAUUGCUAUUACAAUUUGCUAUCAAGUAUUAUUAUUGGAGAUAAAAACAAAGAUAUAUUAUACUAAAUAACUAUAUAAUCUCUAAUAUAUUUUUAGUAUUUUGUUUAUCUAUUAAUUAAACACCCCGAAAAGUUUUUUUUUUACAUAAUUUAUAUUAUAGAAUUUUAUUGCGCUUAACUAAAGGUCGGACACCUUUAGUCAGAAUAAUAUUUUUUUAAUGGUCUUUGUUAAUUAUUCAUUAUCACAUGUCGUUCUAACUGUUUGAGCACUAAUUACUGUUGCAAGAAUUUUUACCUUAUCUUAUUACUAUGAUUAACAGUUCGCUGUUUUAUUAAUGUUAAGGAUUCUAUUAUUUUGUGAUAAGCCCAAGUUUACUCAAAUAUUCCAAAACAAAAACUAAAAUGAGUGAGCGACCACAGCCAUUGAAAGCCGUUAAUAAAUUCUUUGAUGGGAGAGAGCCAUGGCAAAUUGUAACAAUGACAGCCUCUUCUGUUUUGGCCCUUGUUUGGGCUCACAGUCUUUACAAUGCAAAAGAAAGUCCUACAACAAGACUAAGGAAAGAGUUCUUUCGAUGGCUCCGUCGCGUACCAAUUGUACGUCGGAAAAUUGACGAGAAAAUGAAUGAAAUCAAGGCAGACUUUCGCAAAGAUGUCGCAAAGAGGCUCGCUGGUGUCAAUGUUAAUAGGACGCUCCCGGAGAAUGGUCUGCCUUCAGAACGUGUUGUAGAAGAAAUUAGGGAUCAUUUGAGCUUAGGUUCCUACGACUGGAAGGGCGGCAACGUGUCAGGUGCAGUAUAUCACACGAAUGAUGAUAUUUAUCGUGUAGCGUGUGACGCGUAUGCGCUAACGGCCUAUACUAAUCCUCUACACGCUGAUGUGUUCCCGGGCAUUAACAAGAUGGAAGCUGAAAUUGUUAGAAUGGCGAUCAAUUUAUUCCACGGAGAUGACAAGUGCUGCGGCACGGUUACAACCGGUGGUACAGAGUCAAUAAUGAUGGCGUGCAAGGCGUUCAGGGAUCGCGCAUACAACAAGGGCAUAAGCAAUCCUCAAAUGGUCCUUGCCACGACGGCUCACACCGCCUUUGACAAGGCUGCGCAAUAUUUAGGCAUUUCGGCUGUCACUGUACCCGUCAAUCCUGACACUUUGACAGUUGACAUCGACGCUGUCAAGAAGGCUAUUGGACGCAGGACUUGUUUGAUUGUAGGGUCAGCACCCAACUUCCCCUACGGUACAAUGGAUGAUAUCCGAGCUCUAUCCGACAUAGCCUUAGAGUACGAGAUUCCCUUACACGUAGACGCGUGUCUUGGCGGAUUCGUGGCGUGCUUCAUGCCGGAUGCCGGUUAUCCGGUUCCCGAUUUUGAUUUCCGGCUACCAGGUGUCGCUAGUAUGUCUGCUGAUACACAUAAGUACGGGUUCGCGCCUAAAGGAACGUCGGUGGUGCUGUACCGUCAUGAAGAGUACAGGCAUGGUCAGUACACGGUCACUACUGACUGGCCCGGAGGUGUCUAUGGCUCGCCCACUGUUAAUGGCAGCCGUGCGGGUGGUUCAAUCGCGGCCUGUUGGGCCAGUAUGAUGUAUAUUGGGAAGAAUCGAUACGUUGACAUGACGAGGGAGAUAUUGCAGACCACGAACUACAUACUUGAGGAAUUGCGAAAGAUAGAGGGUAUCUUCAUAUUCGGAAAACCGGCGACUACCGUCAUCGCAUUUGGCUCGAAGCAAUUCGAUAUAUUCAAAAUGGCCGACUUGUUACACAAAAAGGGGUGGAGCCUGAAUGCACUCCAAUUUCCGUCCGGGAUCCACAUCUGUGUGACCCACGCCCACACAGCAGGAGGCGUGGCGAAACGCUUCGUCAAUGAUACGCGCGUAGUGGCAGCUGAAUGCUUGAAGGCCGGCGAUGCGCCUGUCGAAGGAAAGAUGGCCAUUUACGGCGUCGCUCAGAGCAUCUCGGACCGUAGUUUGGUGUCAGAUAUUACAAAGCAUUUCAUUGACUCUAUGUAUUAUUUGCCCACGGAGCAAGACUACGAUAAAAAAUAAUGUCUUGUAUAUUAAAUUGUUUCUGUAAUAACUAUAUUUUCUACACAUUAAACGAUUAUUUAUGGAAAUUGUGAUACAUACGAAGAAAAGAGUUUAUUUUUUUUAAUUUAAUAAGUUUAACUGUACGAUGUUUAUUUAAAAAUACGUAAAAGUAAUAUAUUGUAUUAGCAAUUCUUGAAAUAAAUGUCUAUUACAUUACUAUUUUGAAAUAUGGCAACUUAUAAUUAUUGUCACAAGUGAUUAAUGAUUAAUUUUAUUGUUUUUGUAAAUUUUAUUUAUAAUUAUUUGG